AUGGCAGCACUCGAAGUUUUAUUCAUUUUAUUUGUUUCAAUUGCAAGUUCAUUAGCAUCAGAAGGUGUAUCAUGGUUACUUGUAUAUAGAACAGAAAACUAUAAAAGAGGAAAAGCAAACAUUGAUAGAUUACAAAUUCAAUUAGAUAAAUUAGUAGAUCAAGAAUCUGAAACUUCUUCAUUAUCAAAAAAAGGAAAUAAAGAUAAAAAGAUUGAAAAAAUUGAAGAACAAUUAAAAAUUGCAAAUAAAGAAUUAUCAUUCUCAAAAAUGAAAUCAAUGUUUGCUGUUGCAAUUUCAAUGAUUGCAUUAUUUAGUUAUUUAAAUAGAAUUUUUGAUGGAGUUGUUGUUUGUAAAUUACCAUUUGUACCAAUUGGAUUUUUACAAGGUAUUUCACAUAGAACUAUUGCAGGUGAUGAUUAUACAGAUUGUUCAAUGACUUUUAUUUAUGCAAUUUGCUCGAUGUUUAUUAGAAAUAAUAUUCAAUUAAUUCUUGGUACUGCUCCACCAAAAACAAAACAAGCUAAUCCAUGGGCAUUACCAGAAGAAAAGAAAACAAGAUAA